GGCCAGGCUCAGCCUCCCAUGGGCACGGCGGCGCCAGUUCCUGCCCGUGCCAGCUGCGGGGCCCCGCGGUGAGCCGCCCGGCCCCCUGACGCCCGUCUCCGCCCGCGACAGGUUCGAGGGCACCAUCGCUGCGCAGUUCUUCGGGCACACGCACGUGGACGAGUUCGAGAUGUUCUACGACGAGGAGACGCUCUCGCGCCCCGUCUCCGUGGCCUUCGUGGCCCCCAGCGUCACCACCUACAUCAACCUCAACCCCGGCUACCGCGUCUACCAGCUGGACGGCGACUACCCCGGCAGCUCCCACAUGGUCCUGGAUCACGAGACCUUCAUCCUGAACCUGACGGAGGCCAAUGCGCCGGGGGCCGAGCCGCGCUGGCAGCGCCUGUACCGGGCCCGCCAGGCCUACGGGCUGCCCAGUGUCUUCCCGUCCGACUGGGACGGGCUCCUGCGGCGCUUCCAGGCUGACGAGCGGCUCUUCCAGCAUUUCUGGUUCCUCUUCCACAAGGGCCACCCGCCCCGGGAGCCCUGCCGCGAGGCCUGCAAAGCGGCUCUGCUCUGUGCCCUGCGCUCCGGCCGCUCCGCCGACCCCGGCCUCUGCCACGCCCUGCACCCCCGACUGCCCUUCGCCCGCGUCCAGGCCCUGUGGCGCCAGCGGCGGCUGUGCUGAGCCGGGGCAGGGGCUGUGCCAAGCCGGGACUCGGGCGGGCGGGGGCUGA